CUGCUGUUUCAAAUUUCAACCCUUAAAUUUCCCUAAUUACUCUUCCUUUUACACCUCUGAGGAAGAAGGAAGCUUUAACAUAACAAAAUAAAUCAUUUUUAUCCUUUUUCAAAAUUUAUCUACCGUUUCAUCCGACAUCUUACAAAUUUUUCGUUUCGGCGACUUAUAAUCGCGUUGUUUUUAAAGUACACAACCAAUUUUGAUCUAUAAAUCAUGGCGACUUUGACCCGUUUCACGAGGUUAUUUAAUUUCGCCACGAGUACAUGUGUCAGAAGAAUUUCUCCAGCCUCUGUAUAUAAACAAUACUAUCCAGCUCUAAGAUUAUGGGAUAUGUCAGUAGCUCAUUACCGAAAAUACAAUUUACGUUGGUUUCCUAAGCCCACAAGGCUCGAAGAUAUAAUACCUGAAGAUGAUGAAGCAAAAGAGAAAGAAGCUGCUGUUGUAAUAGAUGAAAUUAACAAACAAAUAACUACUCAGUCAACUGGUCGUUUAUUUGCAGUUAUACAUUUAUGUGGAGUACAAUUUAAAAUUACAGAGAACGAUAUUAUAAUUGUUAACGGGCACUGGGUACCUAAACCAGGGGAUAAAUUAAAGUUAGAGAAAGUAUUGCUUGUUGGUAGUACAGACUUUACAUUGAUAGGAACGCCAAUUCUAAACAGAGAGUUAGUAUCGGUGGAUGCAACUGUAAUUCAGAAAACAUUGUCUCACACAAUAACUCGUUUUAGAUUUAGACCAAGAAAGCAGUUUCGUAGAAUAAACUUUUUCAGAAUACAUCGGACGAUGUUAAGAAUAAACACGAUAACUAUAAAUGGAGAUGUCGACAAAAAGAAUGAAGUGGAAGGCUUGGAUAGAAUAUAUUAAGCAUUAAUAUAUAUAAUAUCGUAAUGUAAUACUACUAGAAUACAUUUUUAAGAAUGUCCGCGAUAAUAAACUUACCGUUAAUAUUAAAUUAUAUUGUGCUGUCUGGAAAGUCCAUGCCGAUUUUUAGUAGGCGGUACA